UAAAAACAAGGGAACACCUCACAGCAGGGUUUGCAAACCUUUUUCAGCUUGUGACCCUUAAGACAAAGCUGUAUCUACAUGCAAGCCGCUUCAUACGGGUCACAUUUGAUAAUGUGUUAUGGACGAUGGUAAAACUCAAGGGGAUGUCUCCUCCACACCGAGAGAGGGAGUGCAUGUGUGGAUUUCAGGUCCUUCCCACUGCAAACACCUCUCUUCUUGACCAGUGCGGGGAACAGCCGUGAGUGAAGCAGAUGUCGGGAUGUGGCUAUCAGCGGAGGAAUUUGAAGAGCUGGUGACCAUGCAGGUGGAAAGAAAGCCCGAAAUAAACAAAUAAAUAGGGUGGAAACAAGGGGGCUGCGGAUGCAGAUAACGGCGCGACGAGACACCCAUCGGUGUGAUUUACAGUCCAGUUUGGCGUUGGUGGUGUUGGCGGCAGAUUAAUAACCAGUCAUAAAGAAGUGGGGGAUCGUGUGUUGCAGGAGAGUAAAGGCGCUGAUAAAGGAAGGAAGAGAGAGGAGGAGUGUGUGAAAAAGAGAGAGAGGGGAGUAGAUAAAGCCGGAGCUGGGAUCAUGAGCUUUGCAUUGCCGUACGGCUCGCUGUCAGCUCGACCAAGUCCGAGCAGGCGAUCUUUGGACUGGGAACGCGAGCAGCUGGCUGUGCGAAGGUUCUCCUCUCCGCGGGGUCUCGACCUGCUCAGUCCACCUCCUCUUCCUCGUCGACCCUCUGCGAUCCCCGGGUACCUGCUGUCGCCCUACCAAGAGCAGGAGGAGCAGCUCCACCAACAGCAGCAGCGACUAUCCUUGUCUGUGUGCUCAGAGGCCUCCCUGGCGCCCCCAGCCCCUCCACCUGUGGGCGCCGCCCCACCCUGCUGCCGCCCAGUGGGAGUCAUGCAUCUCCUGCGUCUGGGUCUCCUGGCCUUCAGCUGCCUCUUCUGGGCGGCCGGCUUGGCCAUCUUCACCCUGGGUGUGUGGGCACAGAUUUCCCUGGCAGACUUCAUGCUGCUGUCUGCCAAUCGCUACCCCAACGCCCCACUUAUCCUUCUUGCCACGGGAGCCACCAUCACCGCCUGGGGCUUCCUGGGUUGUCUCGGUGUGGCUGCAAACCUUCCCUGCGUGCUCAGGGCUUACGGGUUCUUUCAACUUGCCGCGCUCAUCGCUGGUUUAGCCGCUGGUCUCUCAGGUCUCUUCUAUCGGGAAGACAUUGCCGGAGGUUUUCGCAGUGGCUUACAGCGAGCAGUGGCCGGCUACACAGAGGAUGAAGGCCGUGCCGAUGCAUUAGACAGCCUGCAAAGGGCCCUGGAGUGUUGCGGAGCCGAGGGCUGGCGUGACUGGCUCACUUCAGACUGGGCUAUCCAGCAUAUGACCUUCCUGCCCAACGACAACGGCACCUCGGUGUCGCUACCGGACAGCUGCUGCGUGAGGCGCAAAGGCUGCAAGAAUCGACCCCUCUUGUCAGAUGAUAUUGAAGGAGUUGUGGCUGCAGGGAUCCAUCCACACGGCUGCUUCCGCAAAGUCUUCAGUUUGGUCAACGACAACGUCUUCCACAUUGCCGCAACUGUGUUAGGACUGGCCUUCACCCAGAUUGGAGGCAUUGCCCUGGCUUGUCUGCUGGCUAACAAAAUGGCACCGAGACAACAUCGGCGCGUGGUGGCACAUUAACAGUCCAUUUUUUGCAGAGAUUUACCAAUUUGUGUAUAGUUUGGAUCGGGAAUGAACUGUCCCCUCAAAGAAUAACAGAGAUGCGACAUAAGUUAUUUCAGACAUCCAGUCUUUCCAGAGUAAAUGUAAUGUUAAUUUUCUGUAAAGAUAAUUCCAAUUGACAGGUAUUUAAGGUCUGGUUCCCUGAGCAUUUCAGGAAGAACCAUCAAAUUGUGGACUUUUCAAUUUCUUGCACUCAUCGCUAAUGGCAUGCUCAAGCUAACAUUUUGUAGCAACCUGAUUCAGGAGAUUUAAUCAGCUUAUGUCUGUGUCGCUUAAAAACCAAGAAGUCUUCUCAGUACUUCAGAAAGUAGCCAAGAAAACUCCUCACCCUUUGCAACUCUCUCGCACUUGUCCUUAAUCCAGUUUGAGUGCGUGGAAUGGGUGGAGUGAGAAAUGUCUCUGUAAAUUAAUCAUCUAUCCAUGCAUGCACUAGUAAAUCUGGCAUCUGGCAAAUUCUGGUGGAACCAGACUGGGCAGCAGAUAAAAACAGAUGGCAGUACGAGGAGACUUCAGACGUAAUUUUGGAAAUUGAUCUGGGUUCAUAAAUGUUUGGCAUGGAUUAAUAGGCUUCAUUUUAGAGAACGUAUAUUUAAAAAAACAUCUUGUAGUGUCAAACUAUUCUCAGUUUGGUUGCCUCCUCUCACCUCUGUCUGAAUGCACAGGAAUGUUCACCAGCAGAUUUCCACUUCAUGAUUUAGUCUGUGUUCAACAGAUGUUUCGUAUCUACAUCAUUUACUUUUCCAAUCACAAAGACUACACUGUGCAAGAAUGGUGCUUUUGAAAAGAGCUUAAUAAUCUGUUGCUGUCUGUGGUAUUUCGUGCUGUUUGUAGCCAACAUCUGACCGGCUGCAGUUACUUCCAAGGUGUUGAGGUGCUUUGGUAAGAUGACUGCUCUGAAAAUAGUUUCAACCAGAUGUCUUCGUGUUGCAAGAGUUUGUAUCUAUAAUCUGAAGCACAAAAUUGUUUUAAAUGACUGAAUAUUGUAAAUAACACAUUUAAAACAUUACUUCUUAAAUUCACACAUGACAAUUGCCAUGUAGCCUUCAAUCUACUAGCAUGAAAUAAUGAGAAGAAAUCUUGAUUGUAUGUGAUUUCCUCUUAUUUACCAUCACACUCAACACUUUGAAAUAUCUUUAUUUGCUUUCUUGUCCAGAGUUAGCAAAGAUAACUUUCAUGUCUUUACUGUAGCCUAAAUUUAAGCUAAUGCCAACAACUGGUAAGUUUAGCCUAGCAUGAUGACUGUGAAGAGAGGGAACUAGCUAGUCUGGUUUCAUCUUUUGUUUAAUUGCACAAAAACAUCCAUCCAUCCAUCAUCUGUACACAUUAUAUGUACGCCGCUUAAUCCUCUGCAGGGUCGCGGGGUGCACAAAAACAAAUAACUAAAAAAGAUAUGAUGUAUUAGUGAGCCUAGGAGAUGCUGGGUGCAUGGUGUUGCUAUUAAACACAGCUACGCUAGCUGUGUCCCCUGUUUGCAGUCUUUUCGCUAUGCUAAGCUAACUGUUGAAUAGCUGUAGCUUCAUAUGUUGGCUGGCUAGGGUUGCCAAUUCACAAUUUACUUAAUUAAAUAGAUUCAGAUUUAGAUUAAUUAACUAACACCAUGUUUAAGUCUGUACGCUAACUAUUGAGCUAUGUCAGCUGUUACUUAGCUUAGCUUAGCGUAGCAUAAAGACUGAGUGCAGGGGUAAAGCACUAGCCUGGUUAGCCAGUUGAUAGACUCAUUUUUUAAUUUUGGAUUAGCAACAAAAUCUGAAUCUCUCUCCAGGUAGUUGUUGUUCAAGUUGACAACUCUCAUUGAACAUACAAGCAUGAGAGUGGUAUCAAUCUUCUCAUCUAACUCUCAGCAAGAAAGCUAAUGUGUAAUUUUUUCCCAGAAUACCUGACUAUUCUUCUGACGUGAGAGUUUUCUUUCCUCGUAUGGACUUUCUCUGACACAUGUUUACGAUGAUAAUGUGCACUGAGAUGACACAAAUCCAUUCGUCCCCCUUUUCAGCCUCACCGUCACUCAUCUCACCUUUUUAUUGCUCUUGUAGUUAUAUUGUAUGAUAUAAAUCACACAUUCAUUAGCAUAAUGUGUAUUAUAAUCACCAACAGGGCGAACAAGCAUGACUGAAACCGUAAACUAUAUGUGUCAACGAUAAACAAAAAAAAAUCUUUGCCUCAUUACAGGAUGUAAUAUUGAUUAGAUACUGGGAAAUUGGGAAUGUCAAGGUCUGCUGCCCUUGAAUAUAUUAAAUAUAUAAAUGGCAACAGCAACCUUGUUGUGUAUUGUCGAUGCAGUCUACAUACUGUGCGUCACUGGUAAAGGCACAUCUGUAAUGUCCAAUAAACAUCUUUUUGAGGUUAA